AUGCAGGACCAGCACGAGGACGUGCAGACGCCGGCCAGGCGGGGGCCCAACCGGUGGGUGCGCUUCUUCACGUCGUCGGAGAACCGACACGCGCUGCCGCUCUUCACCUCGCUGCUGAAUCUCGUCUGCGCCUACGACCCCGUCGGGAUCGGGCUACCCUACAACCACCUGCUGUUUAACGACAAGCGCGAGGCGCUGAUGGAGACGGCCCUGCAGAUCCUGAUCGUCACGCUCGAUCACGACUCGGCCGCCGGCCGCGCCGACGACGAGGGCUCUCCAGACAACCUCUUCAUCAACUACCUGUCCAGGAUCCACCGCGAGGAGGACUUCGACUUCAUCCUGAAGGGCUUCACCCGGCUGCUGAACAACCCGCUGACGCAGACCUACCUGCCGCACUCCACCAAGAAGGUGCACGCCCACCAGGAGCUGCUCGUGUUCUUCUGGAAGUGCUGCGACUACAACAAGAAGCUGCUGUUCUUCGUGCUGAAGUCGAGCGAGGUGCUGCAGGUGACGGUGCCGAUCCUGUACCAUCUGAACGAGUGCCGCGCCGACCCGGCGCGCGUCGGCCUCAUGCACAUCGGCGUCUUCAUCCUGCUGCUGCUCAGCGGCGAGCGCAACUUCGGCGUCAGGCUCAACAAGCCGUACACGGCCGCCGUCGCCAUGGACGUGCCGGUCUUCUCCGGCACCCAUGGCGACCUGUUGAUCAUCGUGUUCCACAAGAUCAUCACCACCGGCCACCAGAGGCUGCAGCCGCUGUUUGACUGCCUGCUCACCAUCCUGGUAAACGUAUCGCCGUACUUGAAGACGCUGUCCAUGGUGUCGGCCACCAAGCUGCUGCACCUGCUGGAGGCCUUCACCACGCCCUGGUUCCUGUUCUCGGCGCCCAACAACCACCACCUGGUCUUCUUCCUGCUGGAGAUCUUCAACAACAUCAUCCAGUACCAAUUCGACGGUAACUCCAACCUGGUGUACACCAUCAUCAGGAAGCGGCAGGUGUUCCACGCGCUGGCCAACCUGCCGACCGACCACGGCGCCAUCGACAAGUCCCUGAGCAAGCGGUCCAAGAGCGAGCCGUCGCGGCAGGCGUCGCUGGACGGCUCGCGCGCGCCGCCCGCAGACGGGCUGCUGCCAGACCCGACGCUGCUCAAAGCCACGCUGGCGGCCACGCCACGCAUCGACUCGAUGACGGAGAAGGAGUCGGCGCACCCGCAGCCGGCUAACCUGGCCGAGCUGACCCUGAACGGCGUGGCGCCCUUUCGUGUCCGGCAACAGAUCCCCGUCACCAGACAUGGCCUUGGCCCGGGCUCCCCGCUUAGUCAGCGGUCGUCCGCGACGACGGCGGCCGGUGCGGCGGCUCGACCGCCGGCCGAGCGCUGGACACCCUCCGGCCAGUGGGUGAACUCGUGGAAGAACAAGCUGCCGCUGCAGACCAUCAUGCGCCUGCUGCAGGUGCUGGUGCCUCAGGUGGAGAAGAUCUGCAUCGACAAGGGCCUGACCGACGAGAGCGAGAUCCUGAAGUUCCUGCAGCACGGCACGCUGGUGGGCCUGCUGCCCGUGCCGCACCCGAUCCUCAUCAGGAAGUACCAGGCCAACUCGGGCACGACGCUCUGGUUCCGCACGUACAUGUGGGGCGUGAUCUACCUCAGGAACGUCGAGCCGCCCAUCUGGUUCGACACGGAGGUGAAGCUGUUCGAGAUCCAGCGGAUGUAGAGACGCGGGCUCUGCCGCCGCCGCGGCCCGGCCCGGUCUGCCGCCGCGGCCCGGCCCGGUCUGCCGAUGCUGCCCGGCCCGGUCUGCCGCGCGGCCCGGCCCGGUCGGGUCUCCCGAUGCCACCCGGUCUGCCGAUGCUGUCCGGUCUCCCGAUGCCGCCCGGUCUGCCGAUGCUGUCCGGUCGGGUCUGCCGAUGUUGCCCGGUCUCCCGAUGCCGCCCGGUCUCCCCGAUGCCGCUCGGUCGGGUCUCCCGAUGCCACCCGGUCUCCCGAUGCCGCCAGGUGGGGUCUCCCGAUGUCACCCGGUCUCCCGGUGCUGCCCGGUCGGGUCUCCCCAUGCUGCCAGGCUGAGUCGAAGCGCACGGCUGAAGGGGAGGGGGAAGAAGGGUCCGUGGCCGACCGGCUCUCUGUGUAGCCCUACCGACUGCUGCUGGUGCGCUGGACCGGGUGUGGUCUGGUCGCCGAUGGAUGUCGCCCGGGGCUGAACGCCUCUGCUUUAUAUGAGGACUGUUUAAGUGGCCGCUAGUCGUGAUAGUUGAAGAGUUGUAUCCGGUUCCUUCCUGUUGUGAUUGAUCUCCGGCGGUGCUCGUUGCACUUAUUUCUUUGUUUUAUGACAGCUGUUAAAUAUUGUUAUAUUUUUCCGUGGAUGGUCAGUUGAAUGCUUGCUAGCAGGCAGCGGUUUCAUCAUAGUCAGAUAAACUCUCAUCGUAUGUUAAUGGCAAGGAUUUGGGAGAUAGGAAGGUACUGCGAUGGAACUCGCUCUUCUUUGUCAUUCCAUUCUGAGUAUCAGUGUUGGUGCUUUCUCGACGUGCUAUAGGCUCCUGGGAGAAUGUGUUUGAGCUUAUCGUGUAAGCCGCUGUGUUUCUGUGGGUGCUGCUACAGUCGUCGUCUGAAAAAGCUUUAUGGUGCCACUGCUCGGAAGUGUAUCGAUUCAUGGGCGUGGCAGUUCUGGUGGUGGGCGGUGGAUCAUUGAUGGUGAAAUGUAUUUUACGAAUAUG